AUGGCCAAAGCCGCAGUCGCCAAGAAAGCAACCCCAGUCAAGAAAGUCGGAAAGAAGGGAAAGGACCCAAAUGCACCAAAACGUGCCAUGUCCGCAUUCUUCUUCUGGAUGCAAGACAACCGUGAACGCAUAAAGAAGCCAGGAAUGGGAGUCGCUGAUGUUGCCAAAGCAGCUGGUGUUGAAUGGGGAAAACUCACCGACAAAUCCGUAAGUUGUCUCAAACACAUCUACCGUAGAUCUCAAUCUCAUAUUUAUAAUUUUUCAGAAAUGGGAGAAAAAAGCCGCCGAUGACAAGAAACGCUACGAAGCUGCCAUCGCUGCUUACAAGAAGAGUCUCUAA